AUCGGUGAAUCCUCAAUAUCACUUUCUCUCUCUUGGAGUUUUUUUUUUCUUGCAGCAGAACUUCUUCGUUUCCAAACUCAAAAACCUAAACCUAGCUCUACUUCCAUUCCAGAUCUAGAGAAAUGGGCGAAACUAAAGAUCACGAUACUUACGAGGAGGAACUUCUUGAUUACGACGAAGAAGAAGAGAAAGCUCCCGACUCUGUUACCGGCAAGGUCAACGGCGAAUCCGCCAAAAAGGGAUAUGUUGGCAUUCACAGCUCCGGGUUUAGAGAUUUUCUAUUGAAGCCAGAACUACUUCGAGCCAUUGUGGACUCUGGUUUUGAACACCCUUCCGAAGUGCAACAUGAGUGUAUCCCUCAAGCAAUAUUGGGUAUGGAUGUAAUAUGCCAAGCAAAAUCCGGGAUGGGAAAAACUGCUGUUUUCGUGCUGUCGUCACUACAGCAAAUUGAGCCUGUUCCUGGCCAGAUUGCUGCCCUUGUUCUCUGUCACACAAGGGAACUAGCUUAUCAGAUUUGCCAUGAGUUUGAGAGAUUCAGCACUUACUUGCCUGAUAUUAAAGUUGCUGUGUUCUAUGGUGGUGUCAAUAUUAAGAUCCACAGGGAUUUGUUGAAGAAUGAAUGUCCCCAUAUUGUUGUGGGAACCCCAGGAAGAAUUCUUGCCCUUGCUAGGGAUAAAGAUCUUAACUUGUUGAAUGUAAGGCAUUUCAUUCUAGAUGAAUGUGACAAGAUGCUGGAAUCACUAGACAUGAGAAGAGAUGUACAAGAGAUCUUCAAAUUGACUCCCCAUGACAAGCAAGUUAUGAUGUUCUCUGCAACACUCAGCAAGGAAAUCCGCCCUGUUUGCAAGAAAUUUAUGCAAGAUCCUAUGGAAAUUUAUGUGGAUGACGAAGCCAAGUUGACUCUUCAUGGUCUUGUUCAGCACUAUAUCAAAUUGAGUGAGCUGGAAAAAAACCGCAAGUUGAACGACCUCCUGGAUGCAUUGGAUUUCAAUCAAGUUGUUAUUUUUGUGAAAAGUGUCAGCCGAGCAGCGGAGCUGAACAAAUUGCUCGUGGAUUGCAAUUUUCCCUCAAUCUGCAUUCACUCUGGCAUGUCCCAAGAAGAAAGGUUGACACGUUACAAGGGUUUCAAGGAGGGAAAUAAGAGGAUACUGGUGGCAACAGAUCUAGUGGGAAGAGGAAUCGACAUUGAAAGAGUCAACAUUGUGAUAAAUUACGAUAUGCCAGAUUCUGCAGACACUUAUCUGCACAGGGUUGGCAGAGCUGGAAGAUUCGGGACAAAAGGUCUUGCCAUCACCUUUGUUUCAUCUGCAUCUGAUUCUGAAGUUCUUAACCAGGUUCAGGAAAGGUUUGAAGUGGAUAUAAAAGAGCUCCCUGAGCAGAUAGAUACAUCCACAUACAUGCCAUCAUAGGAGGAGACUUUGGAAAAGGAGGAAUGUAAGAAUUUUAUUGCAGCCUUGGAUUGUUAAAAGAAGAAAAAAGAUUAGCUUGGCAUUAUUACACCAAAUUGUUUUACUUUUUUACUGCUUUUUAAACUAUUUUAUUAUGUAUUAGUAACUCUUUAAACUACUUUGUGUUAAUUUAGUUGAUUAAUC